AUGUUUCCUCACUCGUUGGGCUUCUCUGCACCGAUGCAGAGGGGCUGCGGCGGCAGUGGGGAAAAGGGUGUGCGUCGGCGUGUGCUGCCGCUGACUGGCACGGCUUUUUUGUCUUGUGGCUGCAGUCGCCAGCGUUGCGGUGCCGGGGCGAUGUCGCUGCGAGACGACAUCGAGGCCCUCACGGCGGCACUGCAUCGGUUCUCUCGCCUGCAAAACCGCGGCAACGGGAGUGGGACGCCUGAUAGCAUCGCCUGUAGCUCUGAAGACAACUGCAGUGGCGAUACGGGGAGGGAAAAAAGUGCAGGCCGUCACACCAGCUGCGCCGGGGUUACGACACAAGCCUCUGAAUUUGACAUCUCUGCCAUCUCCAUGGCUGCGGAGGGUGAUGACGCCGAAGCCGCGCCAGCGCAACAAGCGGCCGCGGUGAACUUUCUAAACCCAAAAGUCUCUGAGGAUACGUUUGGAGCCCCUCCCAGUAGUAACACGACGGCGUUGCCCUGCGGUGAUGGGCCGGAUGCGUAUCGAAGGGGCGGCAGUGGGUUUAAGGUUGCGCGUGUUACUGCGCCAGGGGAAAAGGCGGCUUUGGACGACAGCCCUACGGCGGUGUGGGAAACAAAUAGAUCUCGCCGCGCGAGCUCGUCGGUGAUGGCUGCGGAGGCCACACGGCUCUCCACUCUCGCGUUGGACGCCACCGCCACCUCCUCUGGAAACAGUACUGCGUUGCAAGAUACACCACAACACUCUCAGCGCCAGAUGGAGGAGGCGUACAGGCACAUCUUACGGAAGCUGCUGUUGGAGAUACACCGCUUGGACGCCCGUAGCAAAGCCCUAUCUGAACAGUGUGAAGGUGAACGUGAGAACAGGCGGCGUUUGCAGCGUAAGCACGAACAAGAGCUUUUGGACCGUAACGCUCUAAUCGGUGCGCUAAGGCAGCAACUUGUUGCCAUGUGCGCAGGUGGCGACAGCGCAUCUUCCGGUGGCGCACGCGUGAGCAGUGGCAGUGACUGGACGUUGGGGCAUCACGGUGUCCGAUUCACCCCACCUGUGGCAAACAGAUGGUCGGCAAAGGAAAGCCGAGGUGAAAGCGGCGCCGGAACCACGACGGAGCUGCACCCGUAUGAUCGACCGGUCGCUUCCAGUGAGUUAUGUGGUGUCAGCUCCUCUUCCACGGCGGAGAGGUCUUCUAGGCAAGGGCCGCAGCGAGCAUCUGAGGAGGUUGAGAGGGAAGGAAGUAGUGUCAGUCUGAUGCGUCAGGGGGUCAGUAGCGAUGCUGUCACGUCGACGCGUCCACAUUCACUCAGAGGGUUUCAGCAGAAAAGAAGUACUUGCUGGGGGGCCACCCGAGCGUUUGAAGAAGUGGCGACACAGACGAGUAACGCGGGAAUGCCCGAAACUGCGGCGACUGCUGUAAUGGACACUGAGCGCGUGAAGGAUGCCUUGGAGGAAGUGCCUCGGAAGGGCUCAACCUCUGCGUUGGGGGAGGUUGGGAGGGGCAACGGAGGUGAAGCCGACACCCCGGUGCGACGCGCCACAUCGAAACCCGCAGUGCAUCACCCCUACGGGGAACGCAGGAAGCGAAGAUCGCAUGCGUCGACGGAGGUCGAAGAAUGCGAAAGAGAAAAAAAUAGAAGGAAGCGUAGAGUGCCUGCAACGCAGGUGGUGCCACGCAUUCCUGCCCCUUUUGGGUGCCCAGGCGAGAGACUCUGUCAGCGGCCCAGUGGUUCUGGUUUGUGCUGCCGUACGAAGCUUGGCGCUGAAGCUCGUGCGGGGCCCCAGCGCGACCUGAAGGGAACGCGUGCUGCGAGUCGGCCUUGUUGCACGGCUUCCGCAAGGACACGGCGGAACCAGGGGAGGACAGAACAAAGCGAAACCUGUGAAUUACUGUACGGGAUAAUGGCGAAACACACCAUGGUGGAGGCCCGUUUGCGGAUAUUUCAGGAAGUAUUGAAGAAGCAAGAGAUGGGGCUGCGUGAAAUGAAUUGUCUGCUCCGUGAUGUCAUGUUGCCCCUGGCGAUGGGCCCGCAAAAGUCCCGUCCUACCGCCGAUUCCCCCUAG